AUGCUAAUGAAUAGGCACGUGACGUUUUUAUGUGGAAGAGGAGGAGUUUAUGCACUUGGUGCAAUCGUAGCCAACUACAGAGGGGACCUAUCAAAGCGUGACCACUUCCUCGGUCUUUUUCUUGAGCUUGCGGAAGAGAGAGAGUUACCGGCAGGACCAGAGGAAGGAGGAUUUGGGAUGUCAUAUGACCUUCUCUAUGGAAGAGCGGGUUUCCUUUGGGCUGCUUUGUUCCUUAACCGAUAUCUCGGUGAAGGCUCUGUUCCUGAUCAUCUCUUAUCGCCUAUCGUUGCUGCUAUCUUAGCCGGUGGACGAGUUGGAGCCGCAGAUCAUGAAGCUUGUCCUCUGUUAUACAGGUUUCAUGGGACGCGAUUUUGGGGUGCGGCAAAUGGAUUAGCUGGAAUCUUGUAUGUGUUGCUACAUUUUUCAUUAUCUGAAGAGGACGCCAAGGAUGUUCAAGGGACAUUGAGGUACAUGAUGAGUAAUAGGUUCCCCAACAGCGGAAAUUACCCGUGCAGCGAAGGGAAUCCGAGGGAUAAGUUGGUCCAAUGGGCUCAUGGAGCAACUGGUAUGGCCGUUACUUUGGCUAAAGCAUCUCAGGUGUUUCCAAAUGAAAGGGAUUUCCGCGAAGCAGCCAUUGAAGCAGGAGAAGUAGUGUGGAAGAGUGGCUUGGUGAAGAAGGUAGGUUUAGCUGAUGGAGUUGCUGGCAACGCCUAUGCUUUCUUAUCGCUUUACCGGUUAACGGGAGAUGUUGUAUACGAAGAGAGAGCAAAAGCGUUCGCGAGUUACUUGUGUCAUGAUGCGGUAGAGCUCGUGAGUAUGACAAGGCAGGAAACAGAACAUGAUUAUUCUCUUUUCCGGGGACUAGCUGGACCAGUAUGUCUCUGGUUAGAUCUUGUGUCGCCGGUUGAUUCUAAGUUUCCUGGUUAUGAGAUAUAGUUUAACACCCGGUAAUUUUCGAUAACCUGUUGGUUCGAUUAUGAAAUGUCUUAUGAAACGAUCUUAGGUUCUCCGGUUUAUUCAACUUUCAAUAAUUUAGGGGGUGUUAUUCAACUUUGUAUUUUAAUUGAUUUGGAUGUAUUUCAAAAUCUAGCGUUAUUUAACGAUGUA